AGAUUGCCAUGGGAGCAUUUAUCUUUUAUCAAUUAUAUAAGAGAUUCUCAGCAUAAAAAAGACUAAUUUUUCGAGCGCUUAAAGAUGAUAAGAGGUCUGACUGUUUUUGUUUUCCUCUUCCUAAACCCUGGACAUAGUUGGGUUCCACCAGGGAUGUCGGAGCGAACAGCAGAACAAUAUGCUCAACAUUUAGAUAAUUCUCAGCAGCAUCAAAAUCAUCAGGAAGAUCAUCAGCAGUAUUUGGAUUCUCAGCAGAUUUUAGAUCAGCAGAAUCUGGAUCAUCAAGAGCAUCAGAAUCAUCGCCAUAAUGAUAACAGUGUAGUUCAAGAUUUGGUGUUGGACUCAGAACAUUUAAUGGAUGACUUUAAAGAUCUGUUCUCUUCUAGAGACAUUGAAACCAUGGAGUUGGAUCAAAAAUUGUUUCUUUGGUUUAAUUCUCAUGACUGGGACAUGAACACUAAAAUGGACGGGCUAGAACUCUUUAAAGCACUCAGUCAUGAUCACAACUACCACCAUGAUGAAGAUCAUGAGGAUCCAGGGGAUUCUCAUCAUGAUCCUUUCCAACACUCUCCUCCUGCACAAAGGCAGCGACUCAGGCGCACAGAGAAAAUUGUUGACAAAAUACUGAAUGAAGACGACUUGGACUUGGAUGGAGCACUGGGUUUUGUAGAAUUUGCUGCGGCAUUCCACUCUGGUAAAAUGGCUGGUCUGAAAGUUAAAAAAUAAGAAUAUUCUUAUAUUUGUUUGUAUAAUAUUGUUUUUGUUUUGUUUUGUUUUGUAAAA